GUCGGGACCGCCUAACGCGGGGCAAGGCGGGGCAGAAUUUCGGUUUAUUCAGUGAGUCAGGCUUCUUAUUUUCCAGUCACAGCCAGACGGAUCUUCGAAACACGCUUCAAACACGCGCAAACUUGAAAACCCCGAGAUAGAGUCAACACAAACCUGCCCCAAUCAUGGCGGAUGCUCCCGCCGUAUCUGAAGCGGCCGCCGCGGUCGCCAAGCUCCACCUGGAUGAUGUGACCGGCGAAAUGGUGUCCAAGUCCGAGCUCAAGAAGCGCCAAAAGGCACGCGACAAGGAGGCCCAGAGGAAGGAAAAGCAGGCCGGCAAGAGCGAAACCGUGGGCCAAAGCCAGACCAGCUUCAAGGACACCGAGGCCAAGGAGAAGGAUCUCACCCCGAACCAGUACUUUGAGCUCCGGUCGAGGGCUGUUAAUGAGCUUCAUGCGCAGGGCAAGGCAUACCCACACAAGUUCCAUGUGACAUACGAUAUCCGAAAGUUCGCCGAGGAGUUUUCGUACCUCAAGAAUGGCGAAUCGGCAUCCGACAAGACCAUUCAGCUCGCCGGAAGGAUCUAUGUGCAGCGUUCAGCAAGCAGCAAGCUCUUCUUCUACGAUAUCCGUUCCGACGGGGCCAAGCUCCAAGUUCUUGCCCAGGCUCAAAACUCGGCGCCAGACGCCCCUGACUUUGAAUCCCAGCAUGUCAACCUUCGCCGAGGAGACAUCGUGGGCAUUCGCGGUUUCCCGACGCGAACAAACCCCAAGAACAAGCAGGGCACAGGAGACUACUCCGGCGAACUGUCUAUUGCCGCCAUUGAGGUCACUCUUCUUUCGCCGUGUCUGCAUCAGAUUCCCGACGACCACUACGGAUUCAAGAACCCCGAGCAGCGAUUCAGACAGCGAUACCUCGAUCUGAUGAUGAACGAGAGGUCGACCAACAUCUUCAUCACCCGGGCCAAGGUCGACUCGUACAUCCGCCGGUGGUUCGACGACCGCGAUUUCAUCUCAGUACAGACCCCCAUGCUGAAUCUGAUUGCGGGAGGCGCUACAGCACGCCCCUUUGUCACGCACCACAACGACCUUAACCUCGACAUGUUCCUUCGUGUUGCGCCAGAGCUGUACUUGAAGAUGCUCGUCGUCGGAGGGCUUAAUCGAGUAUAUGAAAUGGGUCGCCAAUUCAGGAACGAGGGCAUCGACUUGACACACAACCCGGAAUUCACAAGUCUGGAGUUCUACAUGGCCUACGCAGAUAUCAACGACCUCUUCGGCAUGACUGAAGAACUCGUGUCUGGGUUGGUCAAGCAUAUCCAUGGCUCCUACCAGACCACCUUCCAUAACGCCAAGGGGGAAGCGAUUUCCGUCAACUGGGAAGCUCCGUGGCGCCGUAUUGACAUGAUUACGUCUCUAGAGGAGUGCUUAGGCGAGAAGUUCCCGCCGGCGGACCAGUUCCAUUUGCCAGAAACCGACGAAUUCCUGAAGCGAGCACUGAAGAAGGCGAAUAUCGAGUGCACACCACCAUUGACCAAUGUCCGCAUGCUGGACACUUUGGUGGGACAUUUCUUGGAGGAACAAUGUAUCAACCCUACCUUCAUCACAGGUCACCCUCAGGUAAUGUCACCACUCGCCAAGAGCUCUCGCACAACGCCGGGUCUUUGCGAGCGUUUCGAGGUGUUUGUCUGCAAGAAGGAAAUCGUCAACGCCUAUACGGAGUUGAACGUGGCAAGCGAACAGCGGAUGAGGUUCGAGGAGCAGGCGCGGCAGAAGGCCCAGGGCGACGACGAGGCUCAACUGGUUGAUGAGACCUUCUGCCGAGCGCUCGAGUAUGGCCUGCCUCCUACCGCAGGAUGGGGCAUGGGUAUCGACCGCAUGAUCAUGUUCCUUACCGACAAUUGCAGUAUCAGGGAGGUGCUAGCUUUCCCGACCAUGAAGCCCGAGUAGAGAGCUUCGGUGCUGUUGCUGGGUCACGGUACAGGUCGGCGAUAGAUAUUGCAGAAAAUACCGCAAUAGAGCAUGCCUUUCCUCGGUUAGAACACCGGGUUGUUGUUUCUCCUUGUGUAUGUAUCAUCGAUGACUGGCCUGCAUUUCCGCCCAUACAUUCACUCCACAUGCGGACCAGACCAGAAGCCAUGGAGAGAGAGAGGCGCAAUCAGCGGAGGUAAGAUUAUGUCGUCUCCUUGUAAACAAGUGAACAACACUAGGAAUCUUUGUCGCAUCAUGAAUACAUCUUGAGAGAUGAUAUGGACUAGGGGAACGAAGAAGCGGCCUUCUGAAACAAUAUGGUGGCCGAGUAGGUUCAGCAGGGUUGGC